ACUUCAGUUCAGUAGGUGGCGGUAAUGCACCAAAAGCUGCCAACCGCCAAUAAACAGUACAAGAAGAAGAAGAAGAAGCAGAAGCAGCAGCGACCUUUCUCUGAAAACAUCCUGUUCGGCGCAGCAAAAUAUUGUAUAAUGAACCUGUUCUUCAUGAGAGCUAGCAUUUGAUCAUCUGUAUUGAAAAUUUGUGAUUUUCACACAGCUGUUGUUAAACAAAGCACUGAGUUUGGUGUCCUGUUUGAUGUAAAGUGGCAGCCAUGAGCGACAGUCACCCUCUGCGCCCGCUGGGCUCGGCAGCUGAGGUUGACCACAUGCACCUUCUCUCCGAGCAGCUGGCAGCGUUGGUGCCCGCCGAGGAAUACAGCGACGUCACGUUUCUGGUGGAGGAGAAGCGGUUUCCUGCUCACAGAGUCAUCCUGGCUGCUCGCUGUCAGUACUUCAGAGCUCUGCUGUACGGUGGGAUGCGGGAGUCUCAGCCGCAAGCCGAGGUCCGUUUGCAGGACACUCGAGCGGAAGCGUUCUCCAUGCUCCUGCGCUAUCUGUACACAGGCAGAGCCAACCUGAGCGAAGCCAAAGAGGAAACACUGCUGGACUUCCUGGGCUUGGCGCACCGCUAUGGUCUCCAGCCACUAGAGGCCUCCACCUGUGACUACCUGCGCACGCUGCUCAACGCACAGAACGUAAGUUUGAUCUUCGACGUGGCCAGUCUGUACCACCUGAGCAGCCUGGCCGAGGCAUGCUGUUCCUACAUGGACCGGCACGCUGUGGAGGUGCUCAAGUCCGACGGCUUUCUCGCACUCUCCAAGUCGGCCCUGCUGACCGUAGUGCAGAGAGACUCGUUCGCAGCGAGUGAGAGAGAGAUCUUCCAGGCCCUGUGUCGCUGGUGCAAACAGAACAGCGAGGACCCCGGUGCACGCGAGGUGAUGUCAGCCGUGCGGCUGCCCCUGAUGAGCCUGUCCGAAAUGCUCAACGUGGUCCGACCCUCUGGCCUCCUGAGUGCCGAUGAGCUGCUCGACGCCAUCCAGACCCGCUCGGAGAGGAGGGACAUGGAGCUCAACUACCGUGGCAUGCUCAUCCCAGAAGAGAACAUAGCCACUAUGAAGCAUGGAGCCGUGGUAGUGAAAGGCGAGCUGAAGUCGGCUCUGCUGGACGGAGACACUCAGAACUACGACCUGGACCACGGCUUCACCAGACACCCGAUAGAGGACGACGGACGCAGCGCAGGGAUCCAGAUCCGCUUGGGCCAGCCAUCCAUCAUCAACCACAUGCGCCUGUUGCUCUGGGAUAAAGACAGCAGAUCCUACUCUUACUACAUUGAGGUGUCUAUGGACGAGCUGGACUGGGUGCGAGUGGUGGAUCACUCCAAGUUCCUGUGUCGCUCCUGGCAGAACCUCUAUUUCCAAGCCCGUGUCUGCAGGUUUAUCCGUGUUGUGGGGACACACAACACCGUCAACAAGGUCUUCCAUUUGGUGGCUCUGGAAUGUAUGUACACACAGCAUCCUUUCAUCCUGGAGAAUGGCCUUCUGGUCCCCAGUGAGAAUGUAGCGACAGUGCAGGCGUGUGCGAGCGUGGUGGAAGGCGUGAGCCGCUGUCGAAAUGCCCUGUUAAACGGAGACACAAACCACUACGACUGGGACUCGGGAUACACCUGCCACCAGCUGGGCUCCGGAGCCAUCGUCAUCCAGCUCGCCCAGCCUUACCUGCUUGGCUCCUUGAGGUUGUUGUUGUGGGACUGUGAUGAGCGAAGUUACAGUUAUUAUGUGGAGGUCUCCACUAAUCAGCAGCACUGGGUCCGAGUGGUGGAUCGCACUCGAGUGGCGUGCAGGUCAUGGCAGACGCUGCUGUUUGAGAGACAGCCAGCUUCCUUCAUUCGCAUUGUGGGGACGCACAACACAGCUAAUGAGGUGUUUCACUGUGUGCACUUUGAAUGCCCGGCUCAGCUUGACACCGAGGUCAAAGAGGGCACUCCAGGCUUGGAGCCCCCAAACAAAGACCACAGUACCCAGCAUGCUCAGCACUCCCAGCUCCAGGGCCUCACCGCUGAGAGAUCCACCACUUCCUCCUUGCACACAUAGGAAUGUGAAUCUUGCAGUGUUUGCUCAAACGUAUGCAUAUGACAAAACACAUCAGGCGCUUCUGUCAUAGGUUUGUGUCCCAGCAUUACGUGCUGCUAAUAGUAUAUAAACAAAAAUAUAUUUAUAAUAAAAUUCCUUAGUUAUCGUUAUGGGGUUGAUGAUAUUUAUGAAGACAUUGCUGUAUAUGGGCACUUAGUUUAUUCUGUUCCAACUACUACACAAUCUUUGGAGUCUUUUUACUGUGGAUAACUUCCUAGAAUGUUUUCAUCGCUUUUAACGGUGUAAUUCUUUUUUUUUUCCUGGAUGGAUGCAUGAUAUUAGAAGUGAAAAUAUAUAUAUAAAAAAAUUAGUAUUUCUGUCUUUUUUUUUUUUUUUCUCCUAUGAAUGGUAGACAAUGAGACACAUCAAUCAGAAAGCCACGAGGGUUCCAAGAUAUGGACUGAGUUAAAAAGGGAAAUGGUUAAACACCAAUACUGGCGUCGAAAUUCUAUGCAUAUGCCCCAGUUUGGGUGUGUGCACGUGUGUGCGUGUGUGUGUAUUAAAGAGAGCUCGGAUUUCAUUCGGCACUUGAAGGCAAUAGACAACGCCCAGAAGUGUUUCACGGUCUUCCUAUUGCCUAUAGGCAGUGUGAUGGGAUGGAAAAAAUGACAUACUUUUUUAUCAGUUUGUAGUUUCAUUUGAUGUUGUUGAACUUUGAAACAGUUCCUGUUAUCACUUACGUUACAGCAGCUAAAACUAGUUAUUCCCUUACCUCCCUGUCUUUAUUUUAAAGCUCUUCUUAACUUUAUGCAACAAAAAACCCCCAAACGUAGGUUGUCAUAUUACCAAGAAACCUCGAAGCACAAUUUCCUCCGCAAGACGACUCCUCGUGUCUAAAAACUUAAAUGUAAGUGAACUGAACUGUAUAGGUCCAUACCUGACCGGAUAUCAGAUGCGUAGUGAGUUGAAGUGUGUGCAGACGUUAUGUGUUGAACUGUAUUGCUUUCUAUACUGUAUUGUAUACUGGGAAUCGAGAUGUGUAUCGUAUAGCCUGGAAGAGGGAGAUUCACAGACCUAGUAAUAAGCGUUUGAGGUUUUGAAUUGUCGGUACGUUCAACGUCAUGGAAUUGUGAAACAGCUAGUUCCUGUUAUCAGUUGUGUUAUAGCAGCUGUCGUCUAGUCUAGGAUGGUUAUUUAGCGUUUUCAAAGGGACUCUACAGUGUCUUUGUAACAGUCUGAGGUUAACAAGUUGUACCUUUUUAAUUUUCCAGACACGGGAAAGUCUUCAGGGUGGAUGGCUUUGCAGUUUCAUGAUAAGAAUGUGGUGACAUGAUGAACAUAAAGAAAUGUUUAUAGCUGCUCUAACAUAUGUGAUCAUUGCAGCUAUCUUGCAACUUAUAUAGUUAGUGAAACUGCCCAAUUUGGGGGGUGUGCUGUUAUAUGGAAAAUAAUCAACUUUGGGGUGGUAAUUCCCCAUGCUGUUUUAUUCCUUCCGUAUUAAACACCCCCCUCACCACCCCGUUUAUAAAUACUCGAACGACUUGAAAAGACGUUCAUGUCCUACACCUAUGUCGUAAAUUAGUCAUUUACGACAAUUCUGAUCAGCACAUGAAGGAAGCACAUGCGUAGCGUAGCUUUACGAAUCGAUUCACUUCAUACGAACAGAAUCUUUUGUCGAAUGAAGCAUGUUGUAACGGGUACGUAGAAUUCUAAAGCGCUCGAAUGCUCGAUUUUAGGAUUUUGAAACUUUACCAUGGUCAUGCAGUCACAAUCUGUAGAACGUCUUUUUUUUAUUUUGUAUCUUUUUAAAGCAUGUUUGACGAUUCAGAUAAGGUGAAUCAAUUCCCGUGAACUGAUUCAAAUGAUUGGAAUCUUUGAAAAGAAAGGAAAGGGUGCUACUGCUAUUCCUGAGAGAGUGUUUUAGGCUUUUAAGUCAUAUGUAUUGAAACAAACAAACAAAAAAAUUAUAAUUAAUUUAUUUUUGUGGUGGAAAAAGUUAGCGUAGUGUUGAUAUAUCUCCGUAUUGUGUCGGUGUCUGAAGCCUACAGCGUACAGGUUUCCGUAGUGUUGUGGUUAUCACGUUCGCCUAACACCCCAUAGGCCAGUCGCGUGUAGGUGUAGAGCCCUGACUAGCCAAUAGAAAGCGAGGAAAAUCCGGGAGGCGGGUCGGACGAUCCUAACUUAAAAA